AUGCCUGGGCGAUUUGACAAUUCACUCAUGGCAUCUAAAUGGGCGCCAAAGCCGGACGAACUGCCGCAGCAGCAGACAAACAAGCCGACUGAUCAUCAAGUUGCCGUAUCGUCGGCCACCCCCGCGCCCCAAGACUCUAGGUACGUGGGAGAAUCUUCUCAGUCGUCGGCAAGCACUUCAUCAAAAGCCCUCGAGCCAAAGCCAGUGAUGGAGACCCUCAAGCGUGGUACGGAAAAGGCCAAUGCUUCAGUUGCCAACAUCAAGACUAGGAGUGCAAAGGCUCAGACUCCUCUCGCUCCUCUACUCCGAUAUUUCACUCAACCUCAAGCUCAAACUAUCCCUCAGAGCGAGAAGGUCAACGCCACUGUCCCUCAAAGCGAGAAAGCCAACAGAACUGUUCCAACUGGUGUUGCAACCCACACGGCUGGGCGGCAGAGUGGGUUUGAGUCUGCGUUACAGAGUGCAAUCCAAACCGUUGUGCAGUCAAUGAUGGGCCCGGAAUUUUGGCAACCUAUGCAGACUACAUUUGGCGCCACUCAAUCGGCAUUGAAUCAGUCUCCAUCGCGCGGUCAUGGUCGAGGACGAGGAAAUCCCUCUCUUCGCGGCCACUCCCAACCUCCAACGUGGAGAAGGACAGGCCGCAGGGCUCGUGGACAUAAGCGUGCCGGCUCGCUUCCGAACCUUGGUAGAGGGCCGGGACCAAGACCCUCAUCCACUGCGACUCCACGGCACUUCAACGUUCAGCAGCUCCAAGCCGCUCCCAACGGUCACACCGCGCGGCCCCAAUCGUUUUCACCGUCGCAAGAAUCUGUUGCGGCCGCAGGGUCUCCGGGACAUAAGAGAAAGAAGUCUAGAAAUGCUAACAUUUCCAGUGACCGUCCGAUGCCUCAAGCAGCCGGUCCUAGUGCUCCGCUGUCUCAAGUUGCUGUCCCCAAUAUCAUCAAGGAGGAGCCUGCCGCCUCGAGGGCCCCCGAACAGACCCCACAGCCGACUAAAACUCAAGGCACUGUGGAAAAGGCCACAAAGAAGGAGCCUGUUGCUCGCAAUGUCCGCGAACAAACCCCAAAGUCGGCUGAAGCUCCAGGCACUGUGGAAAUGAUCGCUCCUCCCAGCACCGAUAGCAACGGCAAGCUAUCAUUGAUAGAGAAGAUGGGUAUAGCAAGAGCUACACUUGCUAAUGCCACUUAUUCGACGCCACCACCACGCGAGCCUACUCAGACUCGCCAAGAUCGAAUCGGGUCUCAUCCAGUGCCGACCGGUCCUCGUCAUGCAGGUUUCUCAUCCCCUGGAGUCAGUCGUGGAUCAUCUGGACCGUUCCAUCAGACUCGACAACAGAUGCUUCCGGGCGGGCGAGGCUAUGGCCGCAGUGAGGGACCGGAUGGAUUUGCAGAGCAAAACAACUACAUGCAUUCUCAUCCAACCACCCAUAGUUUCCACGGUGGAGGGCCAGGAAGAUUUCCGCUCUCAAUGCGCCAAAUUGCCCCCCGAGUCACGAACUCUUUCCCAUCUCAGCGCCUGGUUCCUAAGGAACUGCAACAACUUACUUCUAAGGAGAUUCAGGAGUUCCGGGGCAAGUGGCAGAACUUCAAGGAUGAAGAUAAUGAGGCAUUUGUGAAGGAACUGCACCAGCAAGCACUGACUGAGUUCCAUGCCAACAAGAAUAAGUCCGCUGAAGAGGGCCAAGCCGCUCCUGCUACAUGGCCUGCGAAGGUAAAGUUGCUAGAUGGAACUUCUACCAAGGCGAAGGAAAUCAAGCUCCCCCCACCCAAGGGUGCCUCUUGGGCUAGGCGACCCGUGUUGAAGCUUGCUGGCUCUGCGACUGGGACAGAACCAAAGAAGGAAGGUGAGACGUCAGAAACUGAAGAGACUUCGAAGACUACUACCAAAGGGAAAGACAAGGUUGUUGAUGAAGGCAAGGACACUGAGACAACUGCAGCAAAUUAUUCCAAAGGCAAGGGCAAAGUUGUCGAGGAAACGAAGAGCACUGAGACGAUCGCACCAAAAUCUUCAAAAGGCAAAGAGAGGGUCAUCGAGACUGAACAGAUGAUGACAGAUGAGGCCCAGUCCACCGGACCAGGCCGUAAAACUCGCCGUAUGUCGUCCAGCCAGAGCACCGGCUUCCUCGCUGCGGACAAUAAAAUGACCCAAGCCCUCUUUGCUCUCCCAAUCGCCGAACGCGUCGAGAGUAGCGUGGCUAUCGUCCGGAGCGCUCGCGAAGCAGGAGCGACCGCACAAUCUAAGUCGAUUGCGGCUGCGCAAUCGCUCCAAAUGGCCCAGAUCGCCGUGCUUCAGCAUCAAGAUAGACUCGAAGCCGCCGAUUCGGCACUUGCAAAGGCCAUGUCGAUUUUGGCCGAAGUCGAGCAGCAGCAUGACAUGAUUGUCAAUCAAGCCAAGAUCUCAGGGGCCGGAAUUCUAGCCCUUGAGGAGAUAUCGACACCGGACGAGCAGUUGGGGACGACUUGGAAGUUGCCUAGUGAUAAUCAGCGAGGACCGGGGCCUGCGAAAGUUGCGAAGAAACAAUACAUCGACCCCAUGGAGGGAUCCUCUCGAUCUGCCCCACCGCGCAAAGACCCUGAAUCUCCCGCGAAAGCCGGCCCGAGCAAUACCACCAGCGUAUACGCCACCCGCUACGGUCCUCAUUAUCAUUACCGGGAGAACCGUGCUGGCAAGGCAGUUCAGAGGAAGAAAACUGCUGCUCAUCUCCACGCUGGUGAAGCAGAGAGCAGUGAUAAUGUUUCGGGGGGUCCUGGCAAUUCUGGUGAGGGUGUGCCUCUUCAGCGAAGCACUGCAAAGAAGGACAUUGUCGUUGAGUCGGUCGCCAUAACUCAGUCCAAUUCUGAGAAGAAGGUCCCAGAGUCGAAGAAGCCAGCGGCUCAUGGUGGGUCGAGCCCCGCGGCUCCCCCCAAUGUUUCCACUCCCUCUUGUCCUGCGAUGGUUGCUGUUGCAGGUAAUUCUCGUACUCAUCCAGCCCAAGCAGCAAGCACCAAGCCUGUGCAAACGGUUGCAGUUCAGAAACAAAAUGAACUCUCCAUGCCCGCUGGAAAGGUCAAGGACCGAGGCAAAGUUCCGGAGAAGUCGAAGAUGGCAACGAACGAGAAGAAGCCUACGAUGGAGGGCACGACCGAGCGUCCGAGCACCAAGUCCCCCGUCACUGCCCCGAUUUUCAGGCAUGGCGGAGUUCCUCUGCCAAAGACAGCGGCCACGGAUGGCCCGUCUCAUGUUGUUGAUCCGAUGUCCAACCCUAGCAAAACCGAGUGGAUGGAGAAGCUGCACCAACCUAACAACCCGAAGGCCAUGAAGGCCAUGAAGGUUUUGGCUGCACUGGUUCAAAAUUCCGCACGUGGCGAGGAUAAUAAUAACGUUCGUCGGGUCAUCCUCCACAACCUGCCUCCCGGCACCACGUUGAAGAAGCUGGGGAUGUUGAUCUGGGGUGGCGUCGUCCAGCGCAUCGACUACACUCCUGGAGCGCCUUCUGCGUCUGUCCUAUUUGUGAAUGCCACUGGCAGUGAUCAGUACAUGGCCACUACGCGGACUGGCAUAAAGCUUAUGUUUGGUGGGCAGGAGCUUCUCAUUGUCAUCGAGAGGGCCAAGGAACGUGAGGCACGCAGCAAGCAGGUGCUUGGCUGGGAUAUCGACGGAUUUACUCGCUGCAUUAAGGUUGAACACAUUCCUCUCGACUUCGAUGACAAGGCGUUGGUCUCGCGAGCAGCGAGUGAGGGUCGACUGUUGGAGGGGAUGCAGGCGCGAAUGUCUGAUGAUGGAAAGUCCCGUGAGGCUCUCUUCCGGUUCGCGUCUAUCAACGACGCCGACGCUUUCCGUCGCUUCGCCUGGAAUGACCUCGACGGGCUCCUUCACUGCGAGAUUAGCUUCGGUCCGGAUCCCUGCGAUCGUCCCACUCGCGCCACUAGGACGCCAGAGUGGUAAUCACUUACUACGAUUCGGAUCUUCCACACACGAUAACCUCCCCUCACAAAAAUUCAGAGUGGUUGCUUUUCUUUGAUUUCGGCUCGUCCAGGGAUAGCCUCCUCAUGCACACCUUUGGCAGGUACAACGCUAAACCAUUAUCGGGCGAUCGGUUCUGGAAUAGCAUCGGGGAUGGAAGUUCGGUGAAUAGUGAAAAAGAUAGAAGUACUACCAAGCUCAUGCUGUGCGGUCAGGCAUGGAGAUUUUGAUUUUUCGCUGUUUUCUGAUCGGGGAUGAUGAAAGUUGGUAGUGAAGGACCAGAGAAAUACGUACCAAGUCCAUGCCCCUGCGGCAGGGGACUUUUUCGGCAGACGGCAGGUUAUAAGUUUUCGGAAUAUCAGGGGAGCCGAUGCAAUUUGAUAUCUCCACCCG